GUAUGCGUUGUAUGUAUUUUGUAUUUUGAAAAUGAAAAUGAGCAUCAUUAUGAAUUCCCCGACUUGCUUUUCUGUGUGUAUUUUUCAAAUACUUGCCACUGUGCAUCCGAAUUGGGUUGUGUGUGCAGAUGUGUGUGAGUGGGAGACUGGGGAGCUGGCUCCCGGCUGAGAUCGUGGAAGGCCCAUGGGCCAUUCCUUGUCCGUCGGUCGCCAGCGCCACGAGGAGCGGGAAGCGCGAUCUUUAACCGAAUACGAAAAAUGUUUCUAAAAUCACCCCAUAUUCGCGGCUAAGAAUCGAAUAUACCCCGAAACGAGAGCGAAAGUUCGGUGUUCAAAACGCAAUUUAAUUUGGCCAAAACAAUUCGAGGCAAUCGGAGACAAAGGCGCGAUCUCGGCAGCGAAAAAUAAACCUGAAAACAUAACGACUUCGGACGCGUGCCAGGCGGUGGGCGGUGGUGUGCGGUGGGCGGGGCGGCAGAGACGCCGGCAGCGACUGCGACGUCGCUGUUUUAUAUGAUUUUCCGCUCGUAGUGCUCUUUUUUAUUCGUUCCUUCCUUUUUUUGUUGUUGUAUUUUUGCCGGCUGUCGUCGUGAGCAGAAAUGCCGCCGGUUGUCGGUUCUCCGUUCAGUUCUGGUUGAGUUUCUGGCGACGAGUGACACACACAGAGGGAACUAGAAAUAAACGACAUCGAGAAACGAAACAGAAACUUAGUUGUACUGUAGAUUCUGGCCGAUUAAGAGACACACACGAAACACGAAGCAUUCACACAUAAAGCCCACAUAUACCCACAUAGGAAACUGCAUUAGUUCAGAUCGAGCGAAAGUUCCGUAGACGAUGCCCAAUAACCGCAAUCGUAAUCGCAAUCGCAAUCGCAACAAACGCAAUCGAAACCAAAGCCAAAAUCAAAAUCAAAACCCAAACCAAAGCAAUCAGCAGCAGGCAGAGGGGGCGGAGGAGCAGCGGGAGGAGCAGGAGCAGCAGGAGGAUCAGGAACGUCAAGACUCACAGAUCGCAGUAGCAACCUCUUCUUCCUCCGUAGAUGAUAAUGGAAAUUCUGGCAGCGUUUCAAAUGGGCCAACGGAAAACAGCAAAAAGGUGACGAGCACUCUUGAGAAAAGCGAAGAGGAAAAAAAAGAAGAACUAUCCGAGAAACCAGCAACAGUCAUCCGAAAAGAAGAAGAUUCGGACGCAGAAAUGGGUGCCAAAAACUCAAAACACCGCAAGGAAAAGUCCGAUAAGCAGGCGGCGACUAAUGGAAAAGCCGAAGAGCAGGUGCGCCCACCACCCACUAUUAUAAGAAGGCCGCCGGGCAGUCCGCGUCAAGCCAAGGUCAUAGUUCAUCGGAUAGUGAGGGAGGAGGACAAGGCAAACGGUGAAGAUAAAUCGCAGCAGCAACACAAGGUUGUGGAAUCCAAGGAGGUUGUAUCUACGGAGAUUAAGGAAUCAAAGAAUCUGGAACAGCUACUUCCUGAAACUAGUCAGCUUAUAGAAAACGUACAGCAGCAACAGGUUGAAAAUCUACAAGUUCAUGAAAGUAACGAAGCUCAAAAGCCAGAUGAAGUGGAUUAUUCAAAGGAACCAGCACAGCCUGAGCCAAAAGAACCAGAGCAAUAUGUGUUGCAACUUCAAAAAGCCAUGGAAUUUGUGGAGAAUGCACACCAGCAACAUAUUGCUGCGGUAGAAAGUCAUAAAAAAGACGUGGAACUAAGUCCACAGGAGCAAGAGAAACUCGAAGCACAAGAAGAAGCACGGCAGCAACAUGUUGCCGUUGCCCCAGAGCAGCAACAGGAGAAGGACCAACAGCAACAUGUUGAAACUGCCCCAAAGUCAGUGAAGAAAAUCGAGAAAAAAGACGACGUCCAAGUGAAAGUUUCUCCUCCCCAGCAAUUGCCUCCCAAACAGACCCCCUCCAAGGUGAUUAUACACCAGAUACACCUGGAAGCCCAAGAUGAACCCACCAUCGAGGAGAUCAGCAGUACUUCCGGUGGCUCUCUGGCCGGAACCCUGUCUCCACCACCCCGCUAUUUGGUGGAGUCCCCGAAAAACGUGUCAAGCAACGCUCAAUUUUCCCGCUUCUCCCGCGAUGUUCAAAUCCAGGAACUGGAACUGAACAGCGACUGCAGCUCUGGGGAAUUCAACUCCACCCUGCCGUCGCCUCUCGUCUGCGAAGCGGACUCGGAAUCAGAGGGAUCAAUUGGCGUCCUGGGAGCUGAGCGAUCUCCGUCGGAUCCACAGGUGCCGUCCAGCAGUCGAGUGGAAAUGCAGCAGCAGCAGGAGCAACUGCGCCAGAAGCGCGCACAGAAACGGAACGCUCUGGAGUCGCACUUCCUGCCGCAGUUGCUCAAUCCCCGCUAUCUGGACAGCAUCCUGGAGGAGAACGGCGAGGCAACCAGCUUCCGCAACUCCUCUGGUUCCGCUGCAGGCAAUCAGGCGGAGAUCCGCACGCCCAAGCUAAACGAGACCUUCCCGAGGAGUCAGUUGGACUUUAGUCGCCGGCACAAACGCAGGGAGGAGGCACCGUCGCCGCUGAAACUGGAAACGAAGCUGUUGGAGGAAUCAUCCGACUUGGAGAGCUGUACCCGUCUCCAGAGCGCCCUGUCGCCCCAAUCAGAGGAUGCUGAGCUGGUUUACCUGAGUUCCUCCGCCUCGAGUAGUGUGUCCGACCUCAUGGAACUGGAACUCGAGCAGGCGGCCGCCUUGGCGGAACGGGCCCUGGUGGAUUUGGAUACGGAUGCCAGCCGUCUGAUCCUCCGGCCGGACGAUGAGAUGAGCAGCACGAGCACCACCACGGCGGACAGGAGUGUGACGGAAGCGGAAACGGAAACGGAAAUGGAACUAGAGACGGGCAGAGAGUCCGAGGUCGAUGAGAGUCGCGAGAGCACACCUGUUAACAAUGCCAAUUCCUCGCUGUCUUCGCUGCUGAGCGCCGCAACGCCGACGCCGACGCCAACGCCAACGCCCACGGCAGCCGAUGGCGAGCAAUUAGCAAAAGAUACAAAAGUAUCUGGCGAAUCGGCGGUCAGUUUCGGGGCAGCAUCGCCGCUAGCGGCCACGCGCGAGGAGUUCGUUCGCAACAUGGACAAAGUGCGCGAGUUGAUCGAGAUGACGCGGCGCGAAGAGGAGCAAAGAGGAGGUGAAGUGCCGCCGUGUUCGCCGUCGCCGCCGCCCGUUCCCCCACCCCCGGCCUCCAGCGACCUACCGCUUUACAGUCCCACCACCUCGUCCUCCCCCCCGUUCCACCUCACCACCCUGCAGCUGAAGCGGCAGGAGUCGAACGACUCCCACUGCUCCGACAGCACCACCCACAGCCAAUGCACGGCCAUCAACCUGGCCAGUCCCCCACUGGCGCCCCAGCCACCCACACCGCCACUCAGACAAAAGCCCGCACCACCACCAGCACCACUAGUACCACCCACUCCACCCCAAUCAGAGCCAGAGCUUUCAGUUGCAGAUUCGGAUCCCGAUACGGAUGCCAUCAAGAACCUGCGCCUGCUGUGCACCGAGCAGUUGGCCUCCAUGCCCUAUGGCGAACAGGUGCUCGAGGAGCUAGCCAGCGUGGCCCAGAACAUAGCGGAUCAGAACGAGAAUAAGAUGCCCUAUCCCCUGCCCCAGUUGCCGCACAUCAAGGAGCUGCAGUUGAACGCCAGCGAGGCCAAGUCCUCCUCCUUCUCCUCCUCCUCCGCCUGGCUGGGCCUGCCCACCCAGUCCGAUCCCCAGCUGCUGGUGUGCCUCUCGCCAGGUCAGAGGGAGCUGCUGGACGCCCAGACCCAGCCGGACGACCUCCUGGACGCCCACCAGAAGUUCGUGGAGCGUCGGGGCUACCAUGAGUUGUCCAAGGCGCAGGUGCGCGAGCAGGAUCACCAGCAGCAGCAACUGGAGCAGCAGAGCGAGAUGCUCAAGACGGCGGCCAAGAUGCGCGAAUUGCGCAAGAGCCUCUCGCCAGAGGCUCCCCCCCUGCCCCCGCCGCCUGUGCCGCUGAAGAGCGCCGAAACGGCGGCCAAGGCGACUGCUCAUGAAAACGCCAAGAGAGAUGACGCAAGCGAACAAAAGCAGAAGAUCGCGGCCAGCGAAUCGUCAUCGCUUGAAAAUAAACCAAGGCGAGCAGCUGAUCUCCUCGAGCAGCAGUCGGCAGAGCAACGCCAGAGCAGCAGCACCACCAAGCACACCACCACCACCAAGAGCACAGAGACCAUGUCCAAGUUUCCCACGCUGGACGGCAUGGAGAGCGAGCUGGCCAGGAUGUUCCCGCAGCACAAGGGCGACAUUUUCGAAGAGCAGCGCAAGCGGUUCUCCAACAUUGAGUUCCCCACAUCCGGCCAUCCUGCCCAGACUUCCACUCAAACGAAGCGUUACUCCAACAUCGAGACGAGUAGCUACGAGUCCAAGAAGCGACUGGAGAACGGUCAGGUGAUCUACGACGUCAGCAGCUCCAGUCACGAGAAGAAGGAGCAGGAAGAGCCUCCCGUGCCGCCCAUCCCCCCACCGCCAAUUAUGUCAGCACCGAAAUUAAACGGCAGCACUUUCAUUGAUGGAGACGUGGCGCCCAAAAAUAGCCAGCCACCGAAAGAGAGCGGCGGCAACGGUACGUAUGAGGAAUUUCGGCAGCGUGCCAAGGCCGCUGCGGAUGCUUUUGGAGAUCAGAGGGAUGGGGACCGGCUGGACCAAGACCGCGUGUUCAAGGACUUUGACAGGCUGUCCCAGCAAAUGCACGCCGAGCUGCAGACGACCCGUGAGCGACGGGAGAAGUCUGCCUCGCUGUACGAUCUCAGUGGCUUCACCCGAUCAUCUGCGACGGCGAAGGAGGAGCUGCAGCAGCGGCGGCAUGCUCACAUGCAGGAGCUGGAGAAGGAGAUCGAACGGUCGGCAAGGUCGCGACAGGAGCGCAUGUCCUCGGUGCCGCGACAAAUGGAGGCCACUCCGCCGCAAACCCACGAGAUUCCCAUCGAGCUGGAGCCGCGUUCCCGACGUGCCGAGUCCAUGUGCAAUCUCAACGAACCCCCACCACGUCCGCACACCACAGUGGGUCACUACACUGGCCACCAGGACGACUGGUCGCGGUAUGCCAACGAUUUGGGUUACUCGGAGAACAUAGCUCGACCCUUUGCCAGGGAGGUGGAGAUCUGCUAUCAGCGACAGAACCAGAAUCAGAAUCCUAAUCCGAAUCAGAGGAUGCCAAUCAGGGCUCCACGGCUUUCAGCCAGCACCAAUGACCUGAGCAGCUCCAGCCAGUACAGCUAUGAUACCUUCAAUGCCUACGGGGGGCGGAGAACCCAUGCCCCUAUGCUUAAUCAGGCGCAACAGCAGCAGCGUCCCCAUUACGGCAGCUGCUACUCCAUGAUCGAGCGGGAUCCCAAUCCGCGGUACAUUAGCACCACCUCAAGAAGGGGCGUCAGUCCGGCACCAACACCAACAUCACCACAAGCUGCUCCACAGGUGCCUCCACCGGCCUACGACCGUCAGCAGAGGAGGUCCUCGCUGCCCAGGGAGCUGCACGAGCAGCAGCUGAAGUACAUACUCUCCAAGGAGGAGGAGCUCAAGUUCGAGGUGGAGCGACUGCAGCAGGAACGACGUCGCCUGAUGGAGGAGAUGCAGAGGGCGCCAGUGCUGCCGGCCCCCCAGAGGAGGGAGAGCUACAGGCCAGCCGCCAAGCUGCCCACGCUGAGCGAGGACGAGGUGUUCCGCCAGCAGAUGGCCGAGGAGUGGAUGAACAAGGUGGCCGAGCGAGAGGAGCGGCGGCAGCACAAGAUCAUACGCAUAUCCAAGAUCGAGGACGAGCAGGAUCACUCCACGGUGGACAGGGCGACCAUCAGCGAUGAGUUCCUUGACCGCGUGAAGGAGCGGCGCCACAAGUUGGCCAUGCCGGCGGACAGUGACUGGGAGAGUGGGGCGGAAUCGCAGCCCCAGCCAGCCGUUCAGUCGCAACCGGAAUCGGAUGUGGAGGCGCCACCCAUCCGCAUACUCGAGGGGCAGGCCGAGGCCAAUCUCCGCCAGUUGCCACGUCACCUGCGGGAGUUCGCCAAGUUCUCCACCAGCGAACAGCUGCCGAAUGGCGGCCAGAUGGAGCGGCACGAGGAGCAGGAACGCCGGGAGGAGGCCACCGACAACUCGCACAGCAGUGCCACCAAGAAGACGAGCAUCGUGAAGACGUACAAGGUUUCCCGGCUGCCGCCUUCCGUCCAGGACAGAGCCACCGCAACCGAGGAGGCGAACUCGACAGCGGGAAUGGGUGUCCGGCUGCGACCACGCCCACCCAAGCAGACGCGCUUCCUCCUCAACGCCCAGCAGCUGCAGCAGCAGAGGCAGCGGCGCAGCUGGUCGGAAAGCGAUCUUCUCAAGGAGAUCGACAGCGAACUGCAGCUGGCCAAGGGCUUCCUCUACGCGAAUGUCUACAAAGUGAAGCACGAGUAUAUGAGCGAACCGGAGACGGGCAGCGAUCGUCCGAGGAAAAUGGCACAGUUAGGGCGAAGGCAGUACGACGGCAUCGGUCCGGUGACCAACGAUGGAAUGCCCAUCAUCCUCAGAUCGGAGGUCCAGGAGCCGCAUCAGCAUGAGUGGUACAAGCGUCUGUAUCAGACGAUUCACAAGCAGAAGAACGGCGAUGAAUUCGUGAUUCGCUACAAGUGUCCCAGAGCCCGUCCGUCGUACAAGAGCAACGGCUACGUCUCAGAGCCAGAACCCAACUACGAUUCCGAUUACUCAACGGUGAGGUAUCGCACCCAGAAUCCGCACCGCGUGCAGUCCGUCUCCUCGGCUGUCAAUGUGCGCAACCUCAACCAGGACGAAAAGUUGUAUGGUACUAUGCCAAAUCCCAUAAAGUCAGCGCAGAAUUCGUAUAAAAAUCAGCCAGGUCGCAUCGAGAACUAUACGACAGGUCAUUCGUCUGUUUCCGAAAAGGAAAAGAAGGAGUGGUGGGACGAAGUGAUGGACAUCUUUAACGGGAACCUAGAACAAUCGAAACUAUCACCGUUGUACACUGAAGGUAAUUUGUCCAGAGCUUUGGCCAAGGAAUCCGGUUAUACCAGCGACUCGAACCUGGUCUUCCGAAAGAAGGAGGUACCCGUGAGCAGUCCCCUCAGUCCCGUCGAGCAAAAGCAGGCCUACAAGAGUCUCCAGGCAGGCGGAGAACCUCCACUGCUAGGCUUCCGCAAACCAGCGCCCGAGAAGCCCCGUGAAAUUGUGGAGGAGUUCGAAUUCAUACAGAUCACUCCCACGCUCACAAAGAUUCGUGUGAGCACCAAGGAGCUGGAAGAGGAAGAGCCCUUGAAAGUACCUCCCCCUCCGCCGCCACCACCGCCACCACCACCGCCCCCUCAAUCUUUGAGCAAGGGAAGGGAAAAGAAGUCGGUGAAGAUGUUCUCGCAGCUGUCGAAGACUCUGCCCUCGUUCAUUCCCUUGAGCAAGAAGCAGCAAGUGUCGCAACCGGAUGACCCACCUCCGAGGCCUCCCCACCGCAAGUCCAGCUGCACGAAGAGCACUGUGCGGGUCCUCAGUUCCGCCUCCAAGUCCCGGCACGAGCAGUGCUUUCAGCCGCCGAAUGGAAAUGCCCCGGGGGUGUCUACCAUCACCCUAAGGAAGGUGGCCACCUCGAGCUGCUCCCGUCGUGAGCCCAUUUGUCGAUCGAAGUCCGCGGGAGCGGUGUCAACGCUCCUGCAAACCCUUACGGCCACCAAGGAGACCCGACUCACCCGUCGCGUUCAGCAACAGCAGCAGCAGUCCCGUUUGAGGUCCUCCAGUCCCAAUAGACGUCCUGCCCGUCUCCUAGCACUUCGCCACUCCAGCCGCAGUCCCGUGGCCUUCGGCAGGAGCAUCUCCAAGGAGCGGAGCUUCGCCGAGGAGAAGAAGCGACUGGAGAACACCCUACCAGCUAAUCGCACCAACUUUGAGGCCAGUACCAAUAUACUGAGGGAUCCCUCCCUCAAAUCACCUCAGGAGGUGAGGGAGGCCGUGCGUUCCUAUGCCACUUUGCGUAGCAAGUCCUUGCCGCGACUUCGUCAGACUACAGUGAGCACCACGACAAGGCAGACCAUGUGCUUUCCGCAGGUGCGACCCCAGACGCUUUUGGACUGUGGUACUCGGUCGUUGAGAAAGUCGAAGGCUGGCAAGGGUCAGGCCAAGAACGGAUCGAACGACAGCUUGCCCAGGAGUAACUCCACCUUCUCCAUUGACUCGCUGGUGCGCCAGGAGUUUGUGCCCAUUGCACCGCCCAAGACGUAUGUGGGCAAGUCCAGGGGAUCACUAUCCAAGGCACUGGUUCCACUCCAGAACAGCCGUAGCGAAGGUCAUGUUCCAAGGAAACGACAGACUGGCAAGGCGAACAGCAAACCGCCACCAGCACCUCCAAUUACCGUCCACUCCUACAGCGAAUCUGUGAGGGAGAAGACCAACUUCUGGAACGAGUACAAUGCCAAGCAGGCCAUGUCCUUGCCGCAGGAGUACAAGUUCGGCCCGGAGGAUGUCUGCGACUAUGCCAGUCAAACGGUGCAGCAGCCGUGCAUCGAGGACCUCGUGUGGAAGUACGAGGGCAAGGAGCAGCGUCCCCCGAAACCGGUGACCGUGACGGACAUUGCUCGUCCUCAGUCGCCUCAGCUGAGCCAGGAACGUCGCUUCUCGCCCACACGGGAGGUUAGGGUGCCCCAAAUCAGCCGCGAAGUGCGCUCCCCCUCACGUCGUCGCAUCGAUAGCCUGCGCUCCAAGGACAAGGAGCAGUCAUUGGCCAGGGCCAGCAGUCUGAGCAGCGCCGAUGAACGGAAGCGGGCCACUCCUGUUCCCUCAAAUGGACUCUACCAGUGCGGGGAACUGGCCCACAGUGCCACCUCUUUGACCCACCUGGAGCGGCACAGUCCCAGCUGUCGGUAUCGCAACAACUGCGAGCGUUUCACCGAGCUGAAUCGCUUUUACAGCACCUUGGAGCGAGUGGGUCAGCUGGAGAGGGCCACCUCCUCUAGCAGUUUCCAUCCCUUGCGGAAGGAUGCAGAGCUCCUGGACUUUGAUGAGUGGCGCCGCGUACGACUCCAUGAACGGGCUGAGAAGGAGCUGCACUACUUGGUGGGCAAGUUGCAGGACGACCAGAAGCAGAGAGAUCUGCACUUCCGUUCCAAGGACGUUGACUCCAUCAAGUGGCGUCAUGAGGCGGACCAAUCGCUGAUUGCCAAGAAGAAGUCCGUGGAGGAUCUGCGCGACAAUUUCGAGCAGCUUAAUCUCCUCAGGCAGCAGCAGCAGCUCCAAGCGGAGCCAGUCCAUCGCCAUUGGAGACGCAACACGGUGGCCGACUUGGCCAGCAGCCUGGAACAGCACCACGCAACCUCCACCGAACCCGAAAUGGAGCGCCACCUGGACAACGAUCUGGUAAGCACUCUGUCCAAGGAUCAGAUCAAGAAAAUCACCCAGCAGUUGAACGAGAUCUACUCGGGAAAUCGUCAGGUUCCCGCCGUCGAGGAGCAGUAUGUGGUCACCGUGGAGAAGGGUUCUCGUCCCAAUGGCCUGAAGGUGCGCUGCAACUCGACCAUCUCCAAGGAUCAGUUACUGGGUCCAGUGCAGCGUAAGAAAGACGAACAGCAGGCCAAUCAGACCUUGCCUCGUGCCACUCGUAGCCAAUCACCGGUGGUGGUGGCCAGAGAAACACGUGGCGCCAUCGCAGCCAAGAAUGCGGAGUUGACCCUGUCGAAGCCACCACCAGAUGUGCCACCCAGACCCAAGCCCACCCAGGGUCAGGAGGUCAAGAGCAAGGCAGAACCCAAGGUGGAGACUCGUGAACCGGCCGAGGACAUCAGCCAGAAGAUUCAGUACUUCGAGGAUAGGCAGUUCGAUGAGCCACCCAAGACCAUUUACCACGCUCGCGAAGACUCCUCGCCGGACGAGGCGGAGGUGAUGCGACUGAUCAAUCAGAACAUGCAGGAACGUCAGCGGGCUAGACAACAGCAUCAGCACCACCACCAGGAGCUCAGCAAUUCGCUGACCGAUUUGAGCGGCGUUUUUGGCGAACGACCUGCGGCCCGGGUAAAUUUUCACUUGCACAGCCCACCCGACCGUCCGCCCGACGAUACCGAGCUUAUCAGCUUUGGGAACGGGUCACCGGAUCACGGCGAAGGCAGUCUUGAGCUGUACUCCGACUCCUACUACCGUUCGCGCAGCCUGUCGCCCCAGAGCCAGGCCUCCGCCUGCUCCAGCUCCUAUCUGCAGAGGGUCUACACCGGCGAGGUGCGCAAGAUGCGUCAGCACUUUGAGAGCAUCCAGCAGGACCCGGCAGGAUCACGGGAGCCAUCCAACGAGCGGCGUGAUUUUUUUGGGCUUAGCUCGCUGCGGAGGGCGCGCAGCGAUCCCGAGAUGAAUGCGGGAUCCAAAGACGCCCCGGACACCGCUACGGAGGCGGUGUCGAAGGAGGAGGAUGUGCCGCGUUUGACCCACAAGUUCGAGUCGAGGGCAGCCACGCCUUCGCCGGAGCGCGGAAGAAGGCGUCUGAGGAGCGCCCAGGACAGGCUAAUGCCGCACAUCGAUAUAAUUAGCAAGACGGCGGCUUUGAAAAAGGAGUUAGCCACGCCCAUUCGGACCAGGAGUCCCACGAGGAGUGUGAGCAGCAACAGCCACUGUUUCGAGCGACUGAGGAUGCGCUACGAGUCACCGGAGCCACAGACCCAGAGCUAUUUGUCCACAUCGCAUCCGGAUAUGCGGGAUGUCCAUGACAUAUCGCCGCACCUGAGUGCGGACUGGGUGGCUCACAGGCACCCGGAGCCCUCGAAGCCCAAGGAGCUGCCCAGGAAACCACAACGAGUCGGGCGGGCCAGUUCCACAUCGCCACCGCGACCGGCCAGAUCGCAGAAGCACCAGCAGAGCUCCCGGCUAACCAGCUGCAUGAAGGACAUAUUCGCCGACCAGAAGUUCGAUCCCAACAAGCAUCGCCCCAAGGCUCGAUAUGUACCCGAUGGAGCGGAGAAUGGCAGCCAGAAGCCCAAGGAGAACGGCACCUUGGAGCGCCUCAAGAAGACGGCCAUGGUGACUUUCAAAGAGUCUCCCAAUCGUUACUAUGCCACAGACGUGAACAUCCACUUCAAGACCCCGAUCAGGCAUGAGCAGCGCCAGAACGUGCCGGAGGAGGAACUAGCCAUUCGCCAAGCGGAGCACAUGCAGAAGCUCUACCACGAGGAGCGCCGUCGCAAGUAUCUACAGGAGCUGCAGGACAUGAACUCGCGCCGCCACACGGACAACUUCACGCCGUCGCAGAAGUCGCCCAUCGCCCUCAAUCGCUACGAUGACUUCCCCACGGACGUGACCCUCAAGUCGCUGGUGGGUCCCAAGACGGUGGCCCGGGCACUCUUCAACUUCCAGGGACAGAGCUCCAAGGAGCUUUCGUUCCGAAAGGGCGACACCAUCUACAUCAGGCGGCAGAUCGAUGCCAAUUGGUACGAGGGCGAGCACAAUGCCAUGAUUGGACUGCUCCCAGCCAGUUAUGUUGAGAUUGUCAGUCGAGAUGGCGCCCGUACCCCAUCCAAGCGGCCAUCGGAAGGCCAGGCCCGUGCCAAAUACAACUUCCAGGCCCAAUCGGGCAUCGAACUCUCUUUGAACAAGGGCGAAUUGGUAACAUUGACACGCCGAGUGGACGGAAACUGGUUCGAGGGCAAGAUUGCCAACAGGAAGGGCAUCUUCCCGUGCUCCUAUGUGGAAGUACUCACGGAUAUUGGUGCUGAGGACAUAGCGGCCCGGACUACGACCGUGAUCACCACCCAAAGCACGACAAAUCUGCGGCCCAAUCUCGACGUGCUGCGCACAAACAUCAACAAUGAGUUCAACACGCUCACGCAAAAUGGAGCCCAGCCACCGAAUGGAAUCCUCAAGGAAACGCGGACGCUCCACAAGACGGACGCCCUCCACGUGGACACCAGUUCCGAGCCAUUGGCGUAUCGAGCCCUGUACAAGUACCGGCCCCAGAACUCCGACGAACUGGAACUGCUCGAGGGAGAUGUGGUCCAUGUGCUAGAGAAGUGCGACGACGGAUGGUUCGUGGGCACCUCACAGAGGACCGGCUGCUUCGGCACAUUCCCCGGCAACUACGUGGAACGGGCCUAGAGGAGAUCGAAGUAAGAUCCUGCCCCCGGAUCGGCGUUCGUCUCUAAUCUUAAUGAAUUUGUAGUCUAAUAUGAGGAGGAAUCAGCGUGGCCGGGGCGAAGGCAGUUCUAUCAUUAAUUCUGACUUGGUUUUACUGGAUUAUUUUAUGUUGUUGUUGAAUAAUUCUUAUCCCGCUAAUUCUGCUGCUUUCGUUUUGCCGUAAUUUAAAGCUAUUUAUUUAUUUUUAAACAGAGCAUUAAUUAUAUCAAUGUUGGAAUUACGUUUAUUUAUGAGAUGCAAAUAUUAACCAGAAGUUGUCCCCUCCACCUCCCCACUCCGACACCCCGUUCACCCAAACACACACACACCAAAUAUCGAAGGACCUAAAUUAAGAUCAUACAUAUAUAUACUUUGUCGUUUACCUACUAAUUUUAACUAGUCACAGCUAAUUUCCAAAAAGAAAAUCAAUUACAAAAAAAGAAGUGAAGACCGUUGAACUAAAGUGCCUUAAAGUUGAAAUUUAAAUGACUAAAAGCAAAAAAAAAUGCUAGGAUUCAAGUGCCCCUUGUUGAGUCGGCAAAGUGGAUAAUUACUAUUGAUAAUUAUUAAUAUUAUUUAUGAUGAUAUUGUCGAGUCCGAACCAACAGAAACCAUUUUAAAAUCAUUACAAAAAGCGUUUAUUACACAGACACUGUUGCAAGCGUAUUUAGUAAAUAAAGAAGAAACUAAAAAACAA